UCCUGUUUCAUCCUCCGUGUUGCGCAACAAUGGCGUCCUGUAUUGUGGAGUCUGCUACGGCCACGGGAGAGGAGGAACUCACAGUAACUCACGCUUCCCAGAACAGGGAAGCCAGCCUACGGAAAUUUAGAGAGUUGCAUUUCAAACGGAAUGAAGCGCGCAAGCUCAAUUACCAGGAGGUCGUGGAGGAGGACAAGAGACUGAAACUCCCUAAGAACUGGGAGGCGAAGAAAGCCAGACUGGAGUGGGAGCUGGCUGAAAAUGAGAAGAAAAAAGAAUGUGCUGACAAAGGGGAGGACUACCAACGAGUGAAACUGCUCGAAAUCACCGCUGAAGACGCAGAGCGGUGGGAGAGGAAGAAAAAGAAGAAGAACCCGGACAAAGGAUUUGCAGGUUAUGCCGAGGCCCAAUUCCGACAGUACCAGAGGCUCACCAAGCAAAUCCGACCAGACAUGGAAGGCUACGAGAAGCAACGGGAGGUUUGCGGCGUGGACUUCCACCCCACGUCCAACAGCCUGAUCCACGGCACCCACGUCCCCACAAAGCAGGGCAUCGACCGCAUGGUGGAGGACGUGGAGAAACAGAUAGAGAAGCGGGCCAAGUACAGCCGCCGCAGGGCCUACAACGACGACGCCGACAUCGACUACAUUAACGAGAGGAACGCCAAGUUCAACAAGAAGGCGGAGCGCUUCUACGGCAAAUACACGGCGGAGAUCAAACAGAACUUGGAGAGAGGCACGGCUGUCUAGAGGGUCCGGUCACCUGCGCCCACGUGUUCAAUCUACUAGAAUACGUGUAUUGAAAUGCUAUAAAGUAGACUCUGUGUUGCAAAGCGCUUGUCGUAACAUUUUUAUAUGAUGCUGAAAUUAUUGUGAGCUGAGAUAAUUCAGUCAUCUGUAAGAUGUGUGAUAUCUUGUACAGUUCUUGAAGUUAAAAGAACUGAUAAUUGUACCCUUUCUUUUUAAAUAAACCACAUAUAGUUUA